AGCAAGAGGUGGAUGGAAUACCAUGGAGCCAAGAACUGGGAAGGCUUGCUGGACCCUCUCGAUGACGGAUUACGUGGCGAGAUCAUACGCUACGGGAGCUUCGUGGAGGCCGCGUACCAAUCGUUCGAUUUUGAUCCUUCUUCUCCGACCUACGCUCAAUGUCGGUAUGCGAAAAGCUCGAUUCUGGAACGUUCCGGUGUCGAAGAAUGCGGGUACGAGGUGACGAAAAACUUACUCGCCACGUCAUCGAUUCCUUUGCCACGUUGGAUCGAGAGGAUGCCACGUUGGAUGCAAGUGCAGUCGAGUUGGAUAGGUUACGUGGCGGUUUGCAAUGACCAAGCCGAGAUCUCCCGGCUUGGAAGACGCGACAUCGUCAUCGCGCUCCGUGGCACCGCCACUUGUCUAGAGUGGCUCGAGAAUCUUCGAGCAACUCUUACUCAUUGCGACGGAAAUGAAAACAACACAAACGAAUUAAAAGACGAGCCAAUGGUGGAGACGGGAGUCCUAAGCCUGUACACCUCGGGGACGAAAACGUCCCCGAGCCUACAACAGUUAAUCCGAGACGAAAUCUUAAGAAUACUAAGAAUGUACAGUGAUGAGCCAGUGAGUCUGACCAUCACCGGCCAUUCUCUAGGGGCAUCUUUAGCCAUUCUAGCCGCCUACGAUAUCAAAACCACCAUCAAACACGCACCCCAUCUCUCAGUCAUCUCGUUUGGCGGACCCAGAGUCGGAAACCGAACUUUCCGCCACCACCUCGAACGACAAGGAACCAAGAUUCUCCGAAUAGUCAACUCCGAUGACCUAAUCACAAAAGUACCAGGCAUUUUCGUCGAAGACCAUGAUGAUAUGGGUUGGAUUCGAAAGCACGUCAAGGGUAGCCGAUGGGUUUACGCAAACAUCGGGCACGAGCUAAGGUUAAGCAGUCGCGAUUCGCUACAGUUAAACAGCAUUGAUGUAGCAACAUGCCAUGAUCUCAAGACUUAUCUUGAUCUCGUAAAUGGCUUUGUGAGCUCGAGUUGCCCAUUUAGGGCUAAUGCAAGAAGGAUGCUCCAGAAAGCCACUACUAUCCCUUCUGUAAAAUAA